CGCCUGGAAUGCGCUCGCCAGGCGACAGCUCUCCGGCCGCGCGGGGGGGCCCUCUAAAGACGAGCGACGGGUCAUCUCCGAAGAGGAAGCGGUCGCAUAAGAAAAGGAAAGGGGUGCUGAAAAGGUCGCGUUCCAGCCUAAAGGGGUCAGGCAAUGUGAUGACUAUGCAGGAGUUGAUGAAAGAGAUCAAGGAGAGGAAGUCGUCACAAGAGGGUGAUCUCACAAAACGUCGCAAAGCUGACAAGAGCAAGCGCAAGUCCACAGAAAAGAAGCACAAGAAAAAGAAGGAAGUGGAGAAAAAGACUGCAGAUACACAGACUUCGUUCCUUGUUUCCGAGCCAGAGACUCCGGUCGCCAUGCUGGAGAGCGGAGACCGGGGCUUCUGCGACUUUCGCUUCACCGUUGGCCUAGACAGAGUCGUGCGCGGCGCCAUGGCGCGCAACGAGUCGCUCGGACAGGACGCGCGGGGAGAAAGUCUUCCUCCUCCCAAGGCCAGCGCUGCCGACGUAAGUAAAGGAGACGUGAGUGCCAGGCUUGCGCCGCCGUUGGACGCACCCGGUCCGUCAGCAGCGCCAGCGCUGGAUAGCCCUAAGGUUGUCGCGACAACCGAAAGUAAAAAAACGCCCAACAAACCGCCGCAGAAGAAGCAGGACAAGCGAUCGCGUAAGAGAAAAGGUCGCAAGUCCGAGACAAAGCGGAAAGGCAAGCGCGCGCCCAAGAACGCGUCUUCGGUGCCGUUUCUCUUUCGGUGGCGCCCGACCGGCACACCGAGUGCAGUAGUUCACCUUACCUCGAGCACGGCGAAAGCGCGAAACGAAUUGCCCAGCUCCCAGGCGGAGCAGCUGUCGUCUCGCGUGUUUUCGUGGACCAGCAAGGCGACACGUGCCACCAGUGUCGACGACGAAUCGAAGCUGCUCGGUUCCGGCACCGAAACGCAAAUCACCGUUGCCAGCACCAAGACCGACGUCAGUCCCCUGCGCAAGGCAUCGCUGCCUACGGGGUUGGCCAAGUCCAACGUCGAUAUAUUGGGCAAAGAAGGCGGCGAUGAACCCCGCGUUGAAGGGAAGAAAGAGAUAGAGAGAGCGCUCUUGAAACAAAAGGCACGUCCACCUGCGGCGCCUCUGGAUUCAACAACGUUCACGGUCAGUUCAGUGUCACCUGAGUCACCAGUCAAGGAAACAGGUUCUCCCACCGAUGACAGCGCCGUAGCACACAUGACGGUUUGCUUCGCGGAUUUUCUCACCACGACUAAACCCGAAACGAGAAGCCUGGAAGAACCAACUCCCAUCGAGUCCAGCACUGAGGCAGAGACGACGAAUUUGUUUGCGGAAUCUGUCCCCACGACCGCCGCUGAACCAAACCUAGAUGAAACAGUCUCCCCUCCUAGCACGGGAUAUGAAAAUGGAAAGAAUGAAGAAAACUCCAGCGGAUCGCCUCCAGAUUCGCGAUCCGAAGUGGGUCGAGAGAAGGCAGGUGUGACACGAAAACAUGACGGGAAAUCUCGGAAUAGGUCGGGACGUGACAAGGACAACGAGAAGUCCGGGAAAUACAGCAGUCGCAAAGAACAGCGUUCGAAAGGAAGGCAGCUUGGAAACAUACAAUCCGAACAGAAUGGGCGAGGUAAUCCCAGUCCUGAACCAAAGGACCCUGGUAAGAACGCGAUAAAAAUGGGAAGCCCCGAAGCUAGAAGCACCAAUUUGUUAGUUCCUGAUGCAAGCGCUCCUGGCAACAGAAAUCCGGGGAACAAAAGCUUGGAAAUCGGCAGCGAUGUCAAUGAAAGUCGCGCAAGAGGCAGUUGGACGCGCAAAGGCCGGAGAAACAAGACGCAGAGCAGCCGGAACCAGGCGAGCAAGAUCCAGGGAACUAAGGAUGUGAGGGACUAUGGCCGGAAAAGCGGAAGUCCAGAAAUCAAAACACCGGAGUACAAAACGCCAGGCAACAAAAGCAACGGAAGGCAAGGUAGCGGGAGCCCCUCCACCACUAAUGACACGAGGGAAACAUCGGAAAGCGAGCAAACUAAGACACUGAAAUCUGCAAGCAGUCGAUACGUUUCUGGAACCGGACGAUGCGAUACAGAUGUGGCAACAAGCCAGCCUUCCAAAACCGGGUCUUCAGAGCCCACGAGCAAUGGCGGAACGGUGGCAGAGCCCAGCAGCGCGUCCAGAACCGACAAGUCGAAAGGGACAUCGUCCGAGCUCAAGUCCGAAGCUACGAUGUCAGCGAGCACGAGUCGGGAGAGCAAGAUGUCUGCCACUAAGUCAGACAGCCGCGCCACUUCAUCUAGCCGCCGACGUCCGUCGUCCAGGAAAAGGCGGCAGAGACGGCUCAAAACCAAACGCAGACAAGGUGGGGACACGCAUCGAAGGGGCGAGAGGCGAGAGCAGGCUGCUAGUCCCCCACGUCAAGGAGGCGCCGGAGGUGGACGCGACCGGCCAGAGGUGAAAGUUCGGAGCAUUGAUCAGAUCGCGAGAACUUACCUUGAGCGGCCGCAAGGAUAUUUGUGCUGUUUCCUUUUUGCGGGCGCUUCCUUGACGUUUCUAAUGCUUCUUGGCUUUAUGGUGCUAUACUACGCAUUGUCACACAGCCCGCCACCGCCACAACCCUUGCAGCACGGCGAAACUGAAACGAUGACUUACACGUUAUCGACGCGGCAGACUGGCUACACAUCGCUAGACCCGGAGGUGACGCGUAUAAUACAUUACUGCGACACGGCCUUCUGCUCUCAAGAAGCACGCUACCUAGAGUCGGUCGUCAGGUCGGGCCAGGGACCGUGCGUCAACUUUUACGAGCACGUCUGUGACAAGUGGCUAAGCCAGCAGAACAACCGCCUCUCGGGUGCCGAGUCACCGCCAUCGCGAGACACCGUCCUGCAGAGUUCUCUUGCGCGUCAGCUGCUCUCUUUGGUGCAGGACUCGACUGAGCCAGAUUUGCGGACCGCGGCGAAGUUGUACUCAUCCUGCGCUGUUGGCAGACGCGACAACCUGACCUCCGAGGACAAGGUGGCCCUGAAGACCAUGUUCCAACGUUGGGAAAUCCGCUCAUGGCCGCGUACUGACCGCGAAAAUCUGUCGAACAUUAGUGUCUGGCGCUUUGCUGCGGAGCUUUCUCGUGACUUAGACCUUGCGACUCUCUUUUUGGUCACGGUGGGCGUCGAUCCUAACGAUGUGGGAGCGACGAUACUGGAGUUGGACUCACUCCGGUUGCUGUUUAGUGACAAUGACAGAGAAUUCGAGCACGCGGCUGAAAUUUAUAGGACCGCCAUCCGGGAAGCCAUGACAUCGCUUAUUAACACCACGAGUACGGUAAACCUCGACGACUUCACAGACCGCCUAGUGAAUGUGUCGGGCGUCCUCAGAUCGGCCACCUUUCAAUCUGCGGCAGAGGGAGACUUCGCUGUAAUUCAUAUUAGAGAACUGGGCCAAGGCGUCCGGCACUUCAUCGAAACGCUCCUUGCCAAUGUGCCAGGUGGCGCGAUUGGCAGCUUGACGAAAGUGACCGCAAAAUCGCCGAAGUACGUCACCACCGAUCUACAGAAUGCGCUGCUCUCGAUUCCUCCUCUGGACGCACUGAACUACAUGGGGCUUCUGGUUCUAGUGCGCUUGGCGCCGUUUCUUCCCGAACGCCUUCAAGCUCUGAGGACACUGUUCGCCAAUAUUGUCAUCGGUCACGCUGUUGCCGACGUCGCAGACACGGCGCGACUAUGCCUGUGGCUGGUGGACCACUCGCUUCCUGCCUGCUUCUCCAAGGUCUCGCAAAAGUGGCUACAGCAGCAGGGGCAUCAACAAGCGCUACGGCAAUGGCUGAGCCAUCUAGAAUCCGUGUUCCUCGCGAACGUGGCGGACUUCGCCUGGAUGACCAACUUCUCGGCGAUUCUGGUCCGCUACCGCUUCAAGCGACGUCCGGUGACACAAUUCGGCGGCGGCUCCUUUCAAGACGCCUGCGCACCGGAGAUCCCGUUAAACGCGACAGCCGACCACCCGCUACGAUUCUACCUCAACGUGUCUAUGCACCGACCGGAUAGGAGGCUUCGCGGCCUGCUGACCAACAGCACCGUUCUGCGCCGGCGCGGUGGUGUCGACGCGGGAUCCGAGCUGCGCACCGAGGUCACGUUCGACCACGCUUUGCACAGGCUGCACGUUCCCGCAGCCCUGUUCAACCUCUCGGUGCCCACCAACAGCUCCUUCUUCGUCUUCCAGCUUGCCCGCGUCGCCGUCCGCUUCUACCGGGGACUGGUCCAAGCGCUCUACGAAAACCCGUUCGAGCGCGAGGUCCCGCUCAGAUUCACGGACGAGUCGCGUCGUCGGCUGAGCGACCUGGCCUCCUGCUUUGUGGCGGACGCCCAGCGCAGUCCUAGCGACUUCAGGGGCCUGUGGAGUCCGCCGCCCGCGCAGAGGAGCUGGUCUUCUGUGGGGAAGCCGCUACUGGACCAGACCUCUGCGUUGUUGUUGACCUUGAGGGCGUUGGACGAAUUUCUGCACGUGCGUCGCAUCUGGAAGGCUGACGACCGGCUCGCCGAAAUGCCCGCCGAGACGGCGCAGAAGUUGUUCUUCGUCUACCUGGCCCUGGACAACUGCGAGCCGAUCCAGACGGCCGAGGGCGGCGGCGUGCCGGCAAAGCUUCGUCUCAACCUGCCGCUGCGGCACGUACGUCAGUUUUCCGAGGCGUUCAACUGCAGCCCCCCGGAUCACAUGGCACUGGCUCCUGGAAUGUCGUGCAACGUCCUGCGGAGCGGCAGCAGCGUUCAACUUGCUCCGUUUGCCCUGCGUAGGCAGCGCGGUACUCGCCCCACGGCACGCUUCGGCCCCCUCGACGGCCCGAACGAUGGACGUCCUGCUGGUUGAAGCGACGACGCAUCGGGAACGAGACGGGCCUGUGCCCGUCUUGCCGAACAGUUCGCGGCCUUAAAGGCCUUGUAUAUAUGGUGAUUGCGCUAAACACCGCUGCCUUAGCGCGUUUGGAAGGCGGCGAGGCGAGCGCGAUUAUAGUCUGACGAUCGGAGCCCGCGGGCCAUUUGUGACCUACCAAUGUUCGGUGUAUUAUUCUUUUUUGCUUAUGCGCAUUCGUCUGCUUUGCUUUCUUAAGCGUAUGUUUGUUGCAUACGAACUCUUAUUGUGCUUUUGUAGAUAUUUCUUACUGCGUCUCUGUAAAUAUACUUCGCAAUUGCUCAUCAUCUUGUUGUCAAGUUUGUUCAAGGGCGCAGAGAAGUAGAAUCUUGCAACUAAAUUGGUUCGACGCAAUGAGCUUUCUUGACACCUCCCUUUUUCCCAUUGAAAUGAAUGUGUGGUCAGACCAGGCACGCUGUGCACAGCCAGCUAGCACCCUUUUGCUCGUAUCAACAUCGCCGCACUUAAAUUUAGUGUUUGUCACGCUCCGACUGUCCGCACUGACCUCGCUUAAUCUGUACACGUAUGUGUUUCGUUCAUAAAGUAGAA